AAGGCAAAACGAUUAACAAAAAAAAAACCAAACAUGAAAUUUUCAUUAAUUUCAUUAGCUGUGGCUAUUUUAACGAUUGUGAACUAUGCUUCAGCCAGCGUCUGUAAUUCGGAUAAUAUUGGACAACGCAUUGCUUUGCCAACCAGUUGUUCGAAAUUUUUGCUUUGCUCUCGCAAUCGUCGCGUUAUUGUAAGAGAAUGUCCCAAAGGCUUGCAUUUCAAUCGUGAAUUGGAGAUGUGCGACUUGCCUUCGCGGUCUCAUUGCCAAUAUGGUACCGUAUUUGCCGCCGCAAAUCAAUGUGAGUCGUGUGAUUGUGAUGUCUGCUGUAAUACUCCAACACCACCAACUACAAAGCCAACUGAAAUUCCAGAAAUAACUACAACAUGUGAGACAACAGCAGAUACAACUCCAAAACCUGCCACCACUCCUAAGCCAACUCCAACACCCGAAGUAACCACAGAGUGUGAGUCUACACCAUCUCCAACUACAACUCCAAAACCCGCCACAACUCCUAAACCCACCACAACUCCCAAACCAACUACAACUCCCAAACCCACCACAACCCCCAAACCAACUACAACACCUGAAGUAACCACAGAAUGUGAGUCUACACCAUCUCCAACUACAACUCCAAAACCCACCACAACUCCAAAACCAACGACAACUCCUAAACCCACCACAACCCCCAAACCAACUACAACACCCGAAGUAACCACAGAGUGUGAGUCUACACCAUCUCCAACUACAACUCCAAAACCCACCACAACUCCAAAACCUACGACAACUCCUAAACCCACCACAACCCCCAAACCAACUACAACACCCGAAGUAACCACAGAAUGUGAGUCUACACCAUCUCCAACUACAACUCCAAAACCCACCACAACUCCAAAACCUACGACAACUCCUAAACCCACCACAACUCCAAAACCAACUACAACUCCUAAACCCACCACAACUCCUAAACCCACCACAACCCCUAAGCCAACUACAACUCCCGAAGUAACCACAGAGUGUGUGUCUACACCAUAUCCAACUACAACUCCAAAACCCGCCACAACUCCUAAACACACCACAACUCCUAAGCCAAUUACAACUCCCAAACCCACAACAACACCUAAGGCAACUACAACACCCGAAGUAACCACACCCUGCGAGUCUACAGCAACAGCAACUAUAACUCCUAAACCCACUAAAACUCCAGAAGUAACAACACCCUGCGAGUCUACAGGAACAGCAACUAUAACUUCGAAACCCACAAAAACCCCCGGGUCAACAGGAACAGUAACAAUAACUCCUAAACCCACAAUAACCCCCGGGUCAACAGGAACAGUAACUGUAACUCCUAAACCCACUAAAACCCCAGAAGUAACCACACCCUGCGAGUCUACAGGAACAGCAACUAUAACUUCGAAACCCACAAAAACCCCCGGGUCAACAGGAACAGUAACUGUAACUCCUAAACCCACAAAAACCCCCGGGUCUACAGGAACAGCAACUAUAACUCCUAAACCCACUAAAACCCCAGAAGUAACCACACCCUGCGAGUCUACAGGAACAGCAACUAUAACUUCGAAACCCACAAAAACCCCCGGGUCUACAGGAACAGUAACUAUAACUCCUAAACCCACAAAAACCCCCGGGUCAACAGGAACAGUAACUGUAACUCCUAAACCCACUAAAACCCCAGAAGUAACCACACCCUGCGAGUCUACAGGAACAGCAACUAUAACUUCGAAACCCACAAAAACCCCCGGGUCUACAGGAACAGUAACUAUAACUCCUAAACCCACAAAAACCCCAGAAGUAACCACACCCUGCGAGUCUACAGGAACAGCAACUAUAACUUCGAAACCCACAAAAACCCCCGGGUCAACAGGAACAGUAACUAUAACUCCUAAACCCACUAAAACCCCAGAAGUAACCACACCCUGCGAGUCUACAGGAACAGCAACUAUAACUUCGAAACCCACAAAAACCCCCGGGUCUACAGGAACAGUAACUAUAACUCCUAAACCCACAAAAACCCCCGGGUCAACAGGAACAGUAACUGUAACUCCUAAACCCACUAAAACCCCAGAAGUAACCACACCCUGCGAGUCUACAGGAACAGCAACUAUAACUUCGAAACCCACAAAAACCCCCGGGUCAACAGGAACAGUAACUGUAACUCCUAAACCCACAAAAACCCCAGAAGUAACCACACCCUGCGAGUCUACAGGAACAGCAACUAUAACUUCGAAACCCACAAAAACCCCCGGGUCAACAGGAACAGUAACUGUAACUCCUAAACCCACAAAAACCCCCGGGUCUACAGGAACAGUAACUAUAACUCCUAAACCCACAAAAACCCCCGGGUCUACAGGAACAGGAACAGUAACUGUAACUCCUAAACCCACAAAAACCCCCGGGUCUACAGGAACAGCAACUAUAACUCCUAAACCCACUAAAACUCCAAAACCAACAGUACCCCCACCAUCUACCCCCGGAGAGUGUGAAGGUGUGUGCUGUGGCAAGAACAAUGGUGUUAAGAUACCCGGAGACACAUGCCAACAGUUUGUUGUCUGUCAAGACAAUCAAGCAAUCACUUUCGAAUGCCCCAAUAAUCUACACUUCAAUGCCGCCACCGGCUCGUGUGAUUUCCCCGAAAAUGCCAAAUGCGAUAAACCCUAUCAACCACCAACUGGACCACAUGCCGGUCCCUCCGGCACCCACUGCGCCAACGGCGGUCGUUGUGUGGGAAAACCCGACGGCACUUCCUUCACCGAUGCCACCAAUAAAUGCAGUGCCAGUUAUGUGAUCUGUCAGUGUGAAUGUGAAGUGGAGCGUUCCUGCGGCAGCCCUUUGAUGUUCAACAGCAAGUUGGGCGUAUGUGAUUGGCCCUCAGCUUUCGGUUGUUAAACCGAUAUUAAAUGAACGAUUAAAUGACGAACGAUUAAAUUCCAGAGCUUUGUGAAUUGUUUUAAAAUAAAUUGUACUAC